GCCAGCUCAACUCAACUUAACCACCACAACUCUUCAGAGGGAUGAUUUUCCUAUAAGUUUACCAAACUGACGCAUUGACCCAAGUUAUACAACUUUAAACUCUAUUAAUUACUCUUUUUGGCUUACUUUUAAAGCAGUAUUUAAGGUAUCUUGUUUGAAGAUAAGUAGUGCGCGACAAUUUUAGAGAAGACAGGCGCGUACUGAAACUUCCCAUUUGGAUUAUAGUUUCUGUUUCUCGUCUUUCAGUAGAGAAAACCCGACUCGUGAUGGUUGUCCUGUCACUUAGGUUACUAAUGGUAGGAGUUGUAGUAAGUCUGACUUCAGCUCAUCUGGCUGGUAAAGGUAUAGAUAAAGAAGACUUGUUGAAGAUCCGUCUGAAAGAAUAUGGCCUCAUUACUCCCAUCAGUACCGACGCAGAGGGACACUACCUCUCGCAUCUUCUCUCGGCCAAUCACAAGCAGCGUGUGAAGCGGGAAGUUUUGGAAGGGUCAGCACAAGUGGUAGACAGGCUGUUCUUUAACAUCACUGUCUUUAGAAAGGAAUUCCACCUCCGACUACAUCCCAACCAAAGAUUAGUGGCUCCAGGAGCCAUGGUGGAAUGGCACGACGAGAUUGAAAUAACUGGGAAUGCGACUGAGAAUGGAACCAACUCGGAGAGAAUACUCAGAAGAGAGUUACUGAAAACAGACUGCACUUUUAUAGGGGACAUCACGGAUGUUCCUGGAGCCUCUGUCGCUAUUAACAACUGUGAUGGGCUGGCUGGUAUGAUUCGCACUGAUUCUGAUGAGUACUUCAUUGAGCCUCUGGAGCGAGGAACACAGGAACACGAGGAGAGGGGAAGAGUUCAUGUGGUGUAUCGAAGGUCUGCAGUAUUGCAAGCACCAUCAGACAUCUCAUUGGAUUGCCAGUCAAUCGAGCCUGAAUUGGAUGCACCAAAAGUGCUGGACAAUAUUGCUAAACAAGUCAACCAGACAAUCAGAAGACGGAGACACGCUGGUGAUGAUGACUACAACAUUGAGGUGCUGCUUGGUGUAGACGAUACUGUUGUCCGUUUCCAUGGGAAAGAGCAUGUGCAAAACUAUCUCCUCACCCUGAUGAAUAUUGUGAAUGAGAUCUACCAUGAUGAAUCAUUAGGAGUGCACAUUAAUGUUGUGCUUGUGAGGAUGAUCAUGCUUGGAUAUGCUAAGUCCAUCAGUCUCAUUGAGGGUGGCAACCCUUCGCGAAGCCUAGAAAAUGUGUGCCGCUGGGCAGUCAUCCAACAGAAAGAGGAUACAGAGCACUCUGAGCAUCACGACCACGCCAUCUUCUUGACCCGGCAAGGCUUCGGCCCCACCGGCAUGCAAGGAUAUGCCCCUGUCACCGGGAUGUGCCACCCUGUCCGCAGCUGCACCCUCAAUCAUGAAGACGGCUUCUCUUCUGCCUUUGUUGUGGCCCAUGAGACAGGACAUGUACUGGGAAUGGAGCAUGACGGUCAGGGCAACCGCUGCGGUGACGAAACAGCCAUGGGAAGUGUCAUGGCCCCUCUGGUGCAAGCAGCCUUCCACCGCUACCACUGGUCGAUGUGCAGUGGGCAAGAGCUGAAGAGAUACAUUCAUUCAUAUGAUUGCCUGCUGGACGAUCCCUUCAAACAUGACUGGCCGCAGCUCCCUGAACUUCCUGGCAUCAAUUACUCCAUGGAUGAGCAGUGUCGCUUCGAUUUUGGAGUUGGAUACAAAAUCUGUACUUCAUUUCGUACAUUUGAUCCAUGCAAGCAGCUGUGGUGCAGUCAUCCAGAUAAUCCUUACUUCUGCAAGACCAAAAAAGGGCCUCCACUGGAUGGGACCGAAUGUGCACCUGGAAAGUGGUGCUACAAAGGUCACUGCAUGUGGAAGAAUGCCAACCAAGUGAAGCAAGACGGAGCCUGGAGUGCCUGGAGCAAGUAUGGCUCCUGCUCUCGUUCCUGUGGGACGGGUGUCCGCUUCAGAACCCGCCAGUGCAACAACCCUGUUCCAUCUAAUGGAGGUCAGGACUGUCCAGGGGUCAACUAUGAGUACCAGCUGUGUAACAUAGAUGAUUGCCCCAAACACUUUGAGGACUUCAGAGCUCAGCAAUGUCAACUUCGCAAUUCCCGCUUUGAAUACCAGAAUGCCAAACACCACUGGCUUCCCUACGAACACCCAGAUGCCAACAAAAGAUGUCAUCUUUAUUGCCAGUCAAAAGAAACAGGUGACGUGGCUUACAUGAAGCAGCUAGUGCAUGAUGGGACAAGGUGCUCUUACAAAGACCCGUAUAGCAUCUGUGUGCGUGGAGAUUGUUUGAAAGUGGGCUGUGACAGGGAAAUUGGCUCCAGUAAGGUGGAGGAUAAGUGUGGUGUGUGUGGGGGUGACAACUCCCAUUGCCGAACUGUGAAAGGAACCUUCACUCGUGUGCCCAAGAAAGCCGGUUACCUAAAGAUGUUUCUCAUUCCUCCUGGGGCUAGACAUGUGAUCAUACAAGAACAUGAGGCUUCUCCUCAAAUUCUUGCUAUCAAGAACCAGGCAACAGGACAUUACAUUCUCAAUGGCAAGGGAGAAGAUGCGAUAUCUCAGUGCUUUAUCGAGAUGGGAGUGGAGUGGGAUUACCUAAUUGAAGAUGAUGUCGAGACUCUUCACACUGAUGGUCCACUACAUGAUGCAAUUGUUGUUCUGAUUAUACCUAAAGACAACGAGACGAGGUCCACACUAAUGUACAAAUACAUCAUCCACGAAGAUUCAGUGCCCCUUAACAACAAUAAUGUCAUUCAGGAGGACACAUAUGAGUGGGCCCUCAAGAGCUGGUCCCAAUGUUCAAGACCUUGUGCUGGAGGAUUCCAGUACACCAAAUAUGGGUGUCGUAAAAAAGGUGACAACAAAAUGGUGCACAAAGGCUACUGUGACAUCACCAAGAAACCCAAACCUAUUCGAAGAAUGUGUAACUUACAGGACUGUACAAAACCAGAAUGGAUCACAGAAGAGUGGGAACAUUGUACUAAAACCUGUGGGAGCUUGGGAUACCAAAUCCGCACCGUGCGCUGUGUCCAGUUCCUUCAUGAAGGCACAAACCGCUCCAUCCACAGCAAGUACUGCAGCGGGGAAAAGCCUGAGAUCAGGAGGUCAUGUAACGGAGUGCCCUGCCCUGCCCAAUGGAGAACCGGGGCCUGGUCAGAGUGCUCAGUGUCCUGUGGAGAGGGUGUGUCGCGACGUCUGGUCACAUGUCGCAGUGGAGAUCAAUGCACCGGUGAGAAGCCUGAGUUACAGAAGACCUGCAGGCCAGGACCCUGCCAUGAUGAGCCAUGCGGAGGAGACAGGUCCAUUUUCUGUCAGAUGGAGGUUCUGGCUCGUUAUUGCUCGAUACCAGGUUACAGCAAGCUCUGCUGCGAAUCCUGCAGUAAGCGAAGUGGCACUUUUGCUCCUCUUCUGCACGAAGCUGCUAAGACAGAGGAGGAACUUCGCUUCAGUUCAGCCUCCCAACUUCUGGAGACACUCUCAGCCUCUGUAAACGGAUCUCUGAAAGUCCCUCAGCAGCAGCAGCACCAGCGGGGAUCCUCGUCACAAAGACAAAUUGCCAAGCAGACCGCCACUCCCCUGCCUCGCAAAUUCAAUACGGAGAACAGCAAGACUCAAAAGCGCCUCAAACCCGGUGCGAGGAAUCUGCCUGCAAUGACGAUUCAUAGCUCGUGGAACAAGGUUAAAGAUGCAUCAUGGCAGCUGGAAAGUUUCCAAGAGAGUCAGUGGCCGACAGCACCAUCCGAGGUGGAGAGAUGAAGGCUAGUUUGUCUCUUUCUUCCUCCUAUUAGUUUGUUGUUGUUCUUUAACAUUCAUCUUUCCCUUCACAUCCUCCUCAAGCAAGAGAGAGUAAAGUGCUGGUUCACUUUCAAAUGUUCUCAAUUCCCCCGCCAGCAGUAUUUGUCUUUUAAAACACACUUGUCAGUCACACAUUGUUGUGAUGGGGAACAUGCCAAAGAAGUUCUUCUGAUGUUCCUCUCAGCAGUCUGGUCCAUGGGGGUUUGGUGCGCGUACACGAAGAGACUCCAGUGGUGCUCAUGAAGAAACGCUUGUAGUUGUAUCAAACUUCACAAUCUUUAAAGUCUUAUUUUUACCAGGUCCAAACAUGUUUGGCCAAUUCAUAUUUAUGAACGUUCCUGUAAAUACUGUACAUGGGAUAUGUCAGUAUUAUUUUAUAAAAAAAAAUAGGAUUUUUAAAAUAAGAGAUUCAGGAGCAUUAUUGGUGCUUUUUAUAUUAAGGACACCUUAAUAAUAAGGUGCUAUCAUGUGCUAUCAGCCAUGAGUUCAGCACUGAAGAAUAUACAUUCCAAACAAGUGUGAGCCCCAGAAACAAACAAGAUUUACUUUUCAUUCCAAAAGUAUUUCAUUCAUGAAUCAGCCUCUCAGCAAGUCAUCGACCAAAUGAAUUCUCAAAGACUGUGAGACUGUUUUUUUGUUUUCCUCCUCAUUUCCCCAUGAUUCUCUUUGAGACUUGCCUCUUAGAUUUCCCUUUUUUUUUGUGUUACGAGUUCACUUUUGCAGCCAGAAGUUUGUUUAGCCUAUGACCACACUGAACGUAAAUAUCAUGCCAAGCAGCUUCACCAUGAUGUAGGAGACCCAUCUUAUAUAUUGUGAGAUGAAUUGGAAAUUUGAGCUGGAAUUUGGGGGAGUAAAGCUGGACUUUCUGGAGAUCUUAUACUGUGAGACACUGCACAAGAUAUCUCACUUGAGGGAAAAGCAAGCUAUUUAUUUUUAUAAUCAAGGAUUAUAUCUCAACCACAAUGCAUCUGACUGCAAUCCCAAGGAAACCAGUUAGUCUAUCAGUGGAGUUCAUAACAGCACACACACGUUCACCUGUGUGCCACUGUAAAGUGAUUGUAAAUACCAUUGAGAACUUUAGAGUAUUUAUUAAGAUUUAAAGUUCUACAUCAUGUUUUAUGUGACACAUUAUCUGUCACUUCAGACCAUAAACACGGACUCCCAUCAAGUAGUAAAUGUAGCUCUCAAAAGUAAACACAGAAACAAAAGUAAACGUAUGGAUAACCUUAUUGUUGUUGCUUUAACUGCCUUUAUAGUUCAAAUGAGACACAUGCUCAGUUUUUGAGAUGUUAUAAUAAGGGAAAGCUGUUUCACAGCCAUUUUAGAAUAGAAAUAUUGUAGAGAAAAUCUUAAACAAAGCUGUCAUUUACAGUGAUUCAUUUUGUCCUUUACCCAAAAAAUCCCCCAAUCAUGCACAAAACUGCUAUUACAGUUAAUUCGUAGCUUUAACUGAAAAAAAAGACAAAAUUAUAGUGGAUUUAGAUCCUCUAGAUUACACAAAAGUCAUAUCUGCAUACAGAUCUUUAGCAGUUGUCUUUGAACAUCAUUCAUUCGAUGAUGAAAUCCAAGGUGAACAUUGUGUGAAUCACAAAAUUAUUAUUAUUAUUUUAAUCUUUGUUCACUUUCUGCUAAAUAAACAAUUUGUUGCAAAUAUUAUCGACAAGCUUUCGGAGACCCAAAGAUAGUCCCCGAAAUAGUUAAAUUGACAAUCCCUAAUCCACAGACUGACACCCAACAUAAAGGAUAAAAGUGUAUUCAUCCACACUAUUGCAUAUUUGUUUAAGAGUUAAUUGUUGUUCUGGCUUACAUAUACACUUUCCGUUGCUAACUGCUUGCUGUCAUUGCUUUUUGUUUUAGUUUGUACUUUUGUUAGUUGUAAUGGAAGUGUGCACUACUGAGGAUGUUUGUUGUAUUGGGGAGCACAUAGCAAUAAAGAAAUGAAUGAACAUCAAA